AUGGAGCACAAUUCCGAUCUCUGCAGGCAAGACCCAAGCAACAUCCAAGCAUGGCUGGUCGGCCAUGGAUUGGCCUCCCUGGUUGCAGCAGUCUAUCUUAUCAGGAAAGGGGGCAUUCCCGGUGCCCAUAUCCAUAUAUUCGACCUCCACUCCGACGUGGGAGGUGAGAUGAUCGUUUCCGGAAAUGCAGAAGACGGCUAUUCGCUUCCGUUCUACUGCCUUCCCUACCUCCAUGGGGAGUGUGUGAAGGAGCUCCUCGAUCUGGUGCCGGAUGUCCAGCAUGAUGGCAAAUCGCUGGCGGAUGAUGUGCGUGAGUUUCGAUGUCAACUGCCACACAGAGGACUGCCGCAUCCUGUUCCGCGAGCUGUGAGCUUGGAUUCCUCCGGCACCGAAGCGGUAUUUACGAAGGGCAUUCAGCUAGGUCUGAAGGAUCGGAUGGAGCUCAUUAAGUUCAUCGUGAACCCGGAGCGAGCGCUGCACGCCAAAACAAUUGAUCAAGUCUUCGAGAAACCAUUCUUUGACACAGGGUUCUGGUCCCUAUGGUCCACCACAUUCGCAUUCCAGCCGUGGCACAGCGCAGUCGAAUUCCGCCGCCAUCUUCGGAAAUACCUCGAAGACAUCCAGACUCUGAACGAUGUCGAUAAAUCCAUUCACACGCGAUUCAACCUCUUCGAGUCGAUCGUCCUUCCCAUCACCCGGUACCUGAAGAACGAGAAAGUGGAUUUCCGCUACCACACUGAAGUCAAAGAUAUCAAGUUCUAUCCCGACAGCGACCCAACCACGGUCUCCGAGAUCACCGUGAUGGAAGACGACCGAGAGUGCUUGAUCGAUCUCGACCCCCAGGACAUCUGUCUGAUCGACGUCGGCUUUUCACGCUCCGGGGCCGUUUUCGGCUCCAACGACCACCCGCCACCAUUCCUCUCGUCCAACUGGGAGGACCUUCUCCUCCGCGAAUGGCGCCUGUGGCAGACUCUGGCCCGCAAAUCCCCCAAGUUCGGAGACCCGAUGACCUUCCUGUCUCGCCCGUUAGAGUCGGGCAUCGAGACCUUCACGACCACCCUACGCGGGACCUCGUUCAUGGAGCUCUACGACAAGCUCACGCAGGACAAAGCCGGCACUGGCGCCCUCCUCUCCCUGGUCAAGAGCAAUUGGUCGCUGACGAUCAGUGUCCCCCAUCAGCCCAUCUUCGCCUCCCAGCCGGACGACGUGCACCUUCUGUGCGGAUACGCGUUGCGUCCGUCCGAGGAGGGAAACUUUGUGCAGAAGCCCAUGUUCGCCUGCACCGGCAAAGAAAUCUUCACCGAGGUGCUGGCCCACCUGAACUUCCUUCCGUCCGAGGAGUUGAGGCUGGCGGAGAACGCGAUCACGAUUCCAUGUGGCAUGCCCCUGGGGACGGCGCCGUUCUUGACGCGUGGUGCAAAGGACCGCCCAUUGGUGAUUCCUCCCAAUACGACUAAUGUGGCGCUGCUGGGGCAGUUUGCGGAGCUUCCUGAUGACACCACCAUGAGUCUGGAUUACAGUGUGCGCACCGCGCAGUUGGCUGUGGCGGAGUUGCUGGGGCUCCCGCACCGGCCGGUCUCGGUCAACAAGAAUAUCUUCCUGGAGAUUUUUGACUUGCUUGUUUAA